AUGAAUUCCACGACUCGUAACGGAACAUUUGAUCUGUUGUUGGGAAACGUUCCCUUUAAGUCAUACGAUGUUAUUCUAAUAGUUAUCGCGGGUCUAAUAAUACUGUUUAAUGGCGUGGUUUUGUUCGUCAUGAGGAAACACAAGAGUUUAAGGAAUGCGCAGAAUGGUCUGCUCGCAAGCCUCGCAAUCAGCGAUCUCAGUUCGGGCUUGAUCGGCAUCCCGUUGGUCUUCGCCUGUAGCUUCGUUCCGCCACGAUUUUGUGCGUUGUGUUCUGUGUGUUACUACUUCUUCAAGUUCAUCUCAAUAUCAACCGUGCUUCAUAUAUUGGCGAUCAUCGGCGAGCGUUGUUUCACUGUUGUGGAUCCGUUUCUUCACCGCCGGCUGAGGGCUGCGCCUGGUCGUUCAAACCUGAUCCUCAUCGGCGCCAUUUGGUUAAUCAGUCUCAUUGCAUCGUGCGUUCCAUGGUUAUGGGUGUCCCAAAUCGUUAACGACUGCUACGGAAUGGAAACGUCGCACGAAGGAACGUGGAAUCCUGACUCAAUUUACGAGCUGAGCUGUUUCAUACUGUUCUUUAUCCUUCCCUUGUUGCUGAUUAGUGUUUUCCUCGCGAAAAUCUUCAUCGCAGUUCACCAGUUCACACGUCGUAAAAGCAGGCGCUGUGUGGAUAAUUUGAGAGAGCAAACUCGAUUGCGCACAACCGAAAAGCGUAUUUUCGUCGUUCUCUUCUCCGUGUUCGUCUUGUUUAUCGUGUGCUGGCUCCCGUACUUCGCUGUGACACUUGUGCAUGUCAUCAACACGCAACUCCCAUAUUGGGUCGAAGAAACUGUGCCGUAUUUACGGAGCCUUACAAGCCUUUUAAAUCCCUUUGUCUACGCGUUCUACAAAGAUGAUUUCUACCAGGCUCUGAGACGGAAACUUGGUAACGUGAGGUGCUGGACAAGGCCCAGAAACAGCGAUAUUUUUACCACCAAAACCAAGGCUCAAGUACCUUUGGUUCAGAUAGCAACAACAAUUUAAUUUCGAUAUUUCCAUAUCCAAUUUGUGGUCGCACGUUACUUUGUUUUCCUGAUAACUAAGCAACAUUAUCCUUGAAGAAAGCUCGCUGAACUAAACCACGGUCACUAAACG